AUGGCUUUUUAUCCACUGCAAAUUGCCGGGCUGGUGUUUGGGUUCCUCGGCGUGGUUGGGACUCUUGCCACAACACUUCUGCCUCAGUGGAGAGUAUCAGCGUUCAUUGGCAGCAACAUUAUUGUCUUUGAAAGGAUCUGGGAAGGGCUCUGGAUGAAUUGCGUCCGACAAGCCACGGUCAGGUUUCAGUGCAAAUUCUAUAGUUCCUUGCUCGCUCUCCCACCUGCCCUGGAAGCAGCACGGGCACUCAUGUGUGUGGCUGUUGCUCUCUCUUUGAUUGCCCUGCUUAUUGGCAUUUGUGGCAUGAGGCAGAUCCAGUGCACAGGAGCUAAUGAGAAGGUGAAAGUGUACCUUCUGGGUACCUCUGGAGUUCUCUUCAUCCUGACCGGCAUCUUCGUUCUGAUUCCAGUGUGCUGGACAGCCAAUAUCAUCAUCAGGAAUUUCUAUAACCCAACCAUCAAUGUAGGUCAGAAACGAGAACUGGGAGCAGCACUUUUCAUCGGCUGGGCAAGCUCUGCGGUCCUCUUCAUUGGAGGAGGUCUGCUCUGUGGAUUCUUCUGCUGCAACAGAAAGGCGCAAAGGCAAAGAUAUCCAGCUCCUGCGGACUGCGCGCCUCGCACAGAGAAGCAAAGGAAUGUGACGGUGAUUAGUAAGAGCUGCACCAGUUAUGUCUAA